CUUUGUGGCCGCUUCCACACAUAGUACAGGUGCAGGCUCUGCUUCCCGGGGUUGUUCUUGUAAUGUACAGUGCUGUUAGCCUCCAAGGAACACACAAGCCGACGCUGCCCCCGUACCAUAGAUACGCCGAUGAGGAGCCAUGGCGUGCUCUAGCAUGAUACAAGGGGCUUGCCUGCUCCUCCUUUACGAGACCGGGUUCGGCCCAGAGUUACAAGUAAGCCUGCAUCGGACCAAUAUAAAUCGGCCCUCUGUUUCCUCGGUUCUCUUUCAGUCUUUUUCUCUAGAAAUCCAGAGUUCCUCUUCUUUAUUAGUCACUUCAUCCCGAGUCUCUACACCCUAGACCUCCUGAUCUGCACGUCGAGCCCCGCUGCACCAGCACCAUCAACCCGAUCACAAGUUCCUACGUCCAAAUGCAUUUUUCAAACUUCUCCAACCUGCUCUCCGUGAUCUUCAUGCUCCUCCUAGUGAUCGCUGGCGCUACAGGGCGCUUCACAUGUGCGAGGUCGCACUAUGGAUAUUGUACAUUCGAGGACCGAUUAACCAUUCCAAUAAACUAUGCCUUCGGCCCGGCCUUCGCACCGCAAUCUAAUAGUAAUGAUCUGGUCUUGACAUGCGAGCACUCGAAACUUCCCGUCGGAACUCCAAAAGGCACGUGCUGCGAUAGAUCUGUGGGGGACGUCUUUUUCCGGAGUGACGAUGAUCCAUUGAUAGUCUAUUACGAUGAUUACAACAAACAUGGAUGUCAUGAAGCUUCUAAUACCAAGUAACUGAUUUCGACGUAACCACCCUCACAAUGAUCAUCGAAAAUUACCACCACAUCACUCAUCGCGAAUUCUCGCAACCACAAUCUCGGGCUCUGAACUUACAUAGGACGUGAAGAAAUCCAGUCUCUUGGAAAUUAUCAUGCUAUCUUUUCCCUUUUUCUCCUGUGUGACAAAUUUAGUUCUAUGUAUCUGAUCACAACAAAGUGCUUGAUACAAAUCCGAGACCUAGACGCUAGUCUGGUGGCGGGACAUGAUUCAAUUGGAAUCCAGAACAUAGCAAGAGAGACAGAAAUAAGGCUUUUUUUCCUGAUAGGAUAGGAUAGAUACUAUUGAACCCAUGCUCAAAGAAAUAA